UAUCAAAGAUACAAGUUAGCAAAACACAGGCAUAUUCAUUUUCUCCUCACUAGCCUUAUUUUUCCGAUAGUCAUAUUUAAGGAUAACCAUGGCUAUCCAUAAGAUCCUUUUCGCUUCACUUCUAAUCUGCUUACUGAUCCAAUCCAGUCAUGCUGCUACCAAAGAAAGGCUCUUCUCUGACCUGGAGAAAAGCGCACUUGAGGUCACCGCUACACCCAGCCGUGUUGGAGAAGGUGUUGUUUUGGCUGCAGGAGUUGAUAAGUUGAGCAUUACAUGGAAGGUAAGCUCGACUGCUACAAAGGAGCCUGAAUUUAAGGCCAUUAAAGUAAAGCUGUGCUACGCUCCGGCCAGCCAAGUUGACCGACCAUGGCGUAAGACAGAAAAUGAGCUCUUCAAGGACAAGAGCUGCCCACACAAGAUCUCUUCAUGGUCCUAUGAUCCCGCUAUGAAAGCCGGUCAAUCAUUCGACUAUACCCUCGAGCGCGACAUCCCUACAGGGACCUACUUUGUUCGUGCAUACGCUGUUGAUACCAAGGACCAUGAAGUUGCUUUUGGACAGAGCACAAACGAGGACAAGACAACCAAUAUUUUCAGCGUUCAGGCUAUCAGUGGCCGCCACAAGUCCUUAGAUAUUGCCUCUGUCUGCUUCAGCGUCUUUUCCGUCGUGGCUCUACUCGUCUUCUUUGUUAACGAAAAGAGGAAGGCUAAGAUAGAGCAAAGCAAAUAAGGCGUUAACUUUGGGUGAUUGCCACAUUGCACAAAAUGGCGUUCACUUUGAAUUUACAACCUUUAUUAAUUGUUUUUUGGAAAAAUUGCCAAAAGAGAACAAGAAAUCAGCAUAGUUGUCCCUA